GGGCGCCCCCAGUGGUUAUCAGGAAGUAUGCGGCCGGCGGGAGGCGCGGGACUGGCCGCACUUGGCAAGAGGUGGAUAGAAGCACCCGCUGCCUCGGGGACUGGUCUGUGCCUGGUGAGGAAACAAGCCCAGAGAGAGGAACUGAUUCCUGAGGCAUCCGACAUUAUGCUAUUACAACAUUCACCUUUUCCCAUCACUGUCUUAAAUCGGCCUAUGUCAAGGUCUGUGCUGAACAAAUGCCUAUGAAGAUGCAGAAUUGUGUUGAAAAGUCACUACCACCUUUUGAUGGCAACACUCUCAGCAUCUCCAUUCUCCAAAUGGGGAAACUGAGGCCCAGAGUGGCUAAGUGACUUGCCUGAGUUGACACACAGAACGCCUGGAUUCAACCCCCAGCCAAGCCAGCUGUCAAGAGCAUGCCUCUGUGCCAUUGGGGGGCCACCACCAGGGGCAGCAAGCCCAAUGGGGAUGAAGCUCAGCUCAUGACCACCAGAGGAGGCCUGAAGGUGCUCCUGCACUGGGCUGGCCCCGACAGCAAGGAGCCCUGGGUCACUUUCAGCGAGGCCACAUUGACCGCAGAGGAGGUCUGCAUUCACAUUGCACAAAAAGUCGGCAUCACUCCACCCUGCUUCAAUCUCUUUGCCCUCUUUGAUGCCCGGGCCCAGGUCUGGCUGCCCCCAAACCACAUUCUAGAGGUCUCCAGAGACACAAAUUUGACAUUGCACUUCCGCAUGAGGUUUUAUUUCCGGAACUGGCAUGGCACGAAUCCUCAGGAGCCAGCCGUGUACCGCUGUGGGCCCCCAGGGGCCGAGACUUCAUCAGAACAGGCAGAACAGGGGUUGCCACUCCUGGACUCAGCCUCCUUUGAGUACCUCUUUGAGCAGGGUAAGCAUGAGUUUGUGAACGAUGUGGCAUCCCUGUGGGAGCUGUCGAGUGAGGAGGAGCUCCACCACUUUAAGAAUGAGAGCCUAGGCAUGGCCUUUCUACACCUCUGCCACCUCUCUCUCUGCCGUGGUAUUUCCCUGGAGAAGGUGGCCAAGAAGAUCAGCUUCAAGGACUGUAUCCCGCGCUCCUUCCGGGAGGAGAUCCAACGGUACAACACGUUCACACAGCUACGCCUGCGGAUCAUCUUCCGCAGGUUCCUGCAGGCCUUCCAGCCAGGCCACCUUUCCCAGCAGGUCAUCAUGGUCAAGUACCUGGCCACACUCGAGCGGCUGGCACCCCGCUUUGGCACAGAGCGUGUGGCUGUGUGCCACCUAGAGCUGGUACCUCAGGCCGCAGGGGAGCGCUGCUACAUCUGGGACAGUGGGCAGGCCCCUGCAGACCCUGAGCCCGAGUCUGCGGUUGAAUCCCCUACCCAUGAGGUGCUGGUGACUGGCACUGGUGGCAUCCAGUGGCGGCCAGUACAGACAGAGGGCCCACGAAGCAGCAGGAGUCCUCGUGCUGACUUAUCUGGGAAGAAAGCCAAGGCCCAAGGGUUGGGUGACGAGCCCAAGGACAGGCCACAGGAGGUGCCAUGGGCCUACUUCUGUGACUUCCAGGACAUCACCCACGUGGUGCUAAGAGAACGCCAUGCCAGCAUCCACUGCCAGGACAAGUGCCUGGAGCUGACCCUGCCUUCCCGGGCCAUCGCUCUGUCCUUGGUGUCACUGGUGGAUGGCUACUUCCGCCUGACAGCUGACUCCAACCACUACCUGUGCCACGAGGUGGCUCCUCCACGGCUGGUGAUGAGUAUCCGGGACGGCAUCCACGGACCCCUGCUGGAGCCGUAUGUGCUCGCCAAGCUGCAGCCAGAGGGUGGCCUUUAUCUCAUCCACUGGAGCACCAGCCACUUCGACCGCCUCAUCCUCACAGUUUUCCAGCAGGACCAGGUCUCUGGCACUGAGUGUUUGCGCCUGCGCAAGUUCCCCAUUGAGCUGUCUGCAGGGGCCUUCAGCCUGGAGAGCUGGGACCGGUCCUUCCCCAGUGUGCGGGAGCUGCGGGCUGCGCUGCAGGGCUGCUCUCUGCGGGCCGGUGACAGCUGCUUCUCCCUGCGCCACUGCUGCCUGCCAAGGCCAGGAGAGAUCUCCAACCUCAUCGUUAUGCGGGGGCCUCGGGCCAGCACCAGGUCUCUCAACCUCAGCCAGCUCAGCUUCCACCGAAUCUGCCAGGAUGACAUCACCCAGCUGUCCCACUUGGGCCAGGGCACAAGGACCAAUGUGUAUGAAGGCCUCUUGCGAGUCGGGGGCGGAGGCCCUGAGGAGGACAAGGCAGAUGGUGGGGACCCCACCUCACUUGGUGAGGACCGUGGGCAGAAGCUACGAGUGGUGCUGAAGGUGCUGGACCCCAGUCACCAUGACAUUGCACUGGCCUUCUAUGAGACGGCCAGCCUCAUGAGCCAGGUGUCCCAUGUGCACCUGACCUUCCUCCACGGUAUCUGCGUGCACAGUUCCAAAAAUAUCAUGGUGACAGAGUACGUGGAGCAUGGACCCCUGGACGUGUGGCUGCGGCGGGAGAGGGGCCGUGUGCCUGUGGCCUGGAAGGUGGCAGUGGCCCAGCAGCUGGCCAGUGCCCUCAGCUACCUGGAGGACAAGAGCCUGGCUCACGGUAACGUGUGUGGCCGGAACAUCCUGCUGGCACGUGUGGGGCUGGCGGAGGGCACCAGCCCGUUCAUCAAACUGAGUGACCCUGGCGUGGGCCUGGGUGCCCUUUCCAGGGAGGAGCGCGUAGAGCGGAUCCCCUGGAUGGCCCCCGAGUGCAUGUCUGGUGGGGCCAACAGCCUGAGCACCGCCGCUGACAAGUGGGGCUUUGGUGCCACUCUCCUGGAGAUCUGCUUCGACGGGGAGGCCCCCCUGCAGGACCGCAGUCCCUCUGAGAAAGAGUGCUUCUACCAGAAGCGGCACCAACUGCCUGAACCUGCAUGCCCGGAGCUAGCCACACUCACCAGCCAGUGCCUGACCUAUGAGCCAGCCCAGCGGUCCUCCUUCCGCACCAUCCUUCGUGACCUCACUCACCUUCAGCUCCAAAAUCUUUCUGCAGUCCUGCAUGUGAACCCGACCUCACCAGCGUCAGACCCCACUAUUUUCCACAAGCGCUAUUUGAAAAAGAUCCGAGAUCUGGGUGAGGGUCACUUCGGCAAGGUCAGCCUGUACUGCUAUGACCCAACCAAUGAAGGCACUGGCGAGAUGGUGGCCGUGAAGGCUCUCAAGGCGGACUGCAGCCCUCAGCUCCACACUGGCUGGAGGCGGGAGAUCGACAUCCUGCGUACACUCUACCAUGAGCACAUUGUCAAGUACAAGGGCUGCUGUGAAGACCAAGGCGAGAAAGCGGUGCACCUUGUCAUGGAGUACAUGCCCCUGGGCAGCCUCCGAGACUACCUGCCCCGGCACAGCAUAGGGCUGGCCCAGCUGCUGCUGUUCGCGCAGCAAAUCUGCAAGGGCAUGGCCUACCUGCACACGCAGCACUAUGUCCACCGAGACCUGGCUGCCCGCAACGUGCUGCUGGACAACGACAGCCUGGUCAAGAUCGGGGACUUUGGUCUCACCAAGGCUGUGCCUGAAGGCCACGAGUACUACCGCGUGCGCGAGGAUGGGGACAGCCCCGUGUUCUGGUAUGCCCCCGAGUGCCUGAAGGAGUGUAAGUUCUACUAUGCAUCUGAUGUCUGGUCCUUUGGAGUCACCCUGUAUGAACUGCUGACCUACUGUGACUCCAGCCAAAGCCCGCCCUCGAAAUUCAUCGAGCUCAUAGGCCCCACCCAGGGGCAGAUGACAGUACUGAGGCUCACUGAGCUGCUGGAACGAGGGGAGAGGCUGCCACGGCCAGAGAAAUGUCCCUAUGAGAUCUAUCUGCUCAUGAAGAACUGCUGGGAGGCAGAGGCCUCAUUUCGCCCAACCUUCCAGAACCUCGUACCCAUCCUGAAAACGGCCCAUGAGAAAUACCAGGGCCAGGCCCCCUCAGUGUUCAGUGUCUGCUGAACCCUGCCAGUGGCUCUGCUCCCGGGAAUCGGAGCAGGUAGUACUCACGGAGAGGGCCUCCCACUUCCACCCCAGGAGGAAGUUGGCUUCACCUACUCCCUGUGCCUUACUGCCUGAGACCCCAAGUCUGUGACCUGACUUUCCUUGCCUUUGUCCAUGUGGCCUGCAGUAACAGAACACCACAGACUGGGGGGCUUGGAAACAACAGAACUGCAACUCACAAUUCUGGAGCUGGGAGUCCAAGUUCAAGAUGCCAGCCUGGUUACAUUUGGGUGAAGGCCCUCUUCCUGCUUCAUAGCCUGCACCUUCUUGUGGGGGUGAUUUUCUUCGCAAGUGUGCCACGGAUGACAGUAAACAUGACUGAGAUAUGAUGUGAUCUGCUUGGGGAGGAGAGGUGGCCAGUUUCCCAGAGGAAAAAGGCCUUGAGCAGUGGCCAGUUUCUCCGGGGAAAAAGGAGUUGAUCCCCUUCCUCCAAGGGCUUUUAUUGGGUUGUAAUACACAGGAAUACAGAGCGGCAAGGAUCAAACAGCAGAUAACAUUUUGAAGAAAUCUGAGGGCUUAGUCUGAGUCAGAGUUUGUCAGGAACAGAGUUUUAGGGUUUCCUGCUCAAACCCUUUUGAUAUGAAUGAAAACACUCUUAGCAGAGCAGAUUUCACUGGUUUAUCAGGAAGUCUUUGUGAUGCCAGAUUUUUCCCCAGGACACGCUCUAGCAAGACAAGGAGCUGCACCCCUCCCCAUCAGGUAUUCAGGCUUAAGGGGACUAGAGUCAGGAAGCACUUCUCCCAGAGAACAUGGGGACUCAGGCUAUUUCAAAGCCAGGGGGUGAGAGUCCAUUGCUCUUUGUUGCAGCCCCCCAAGUCCUUCCAUGAAGGCCUCCCAAGUGAUUGUGUCUGGCCUAGGUUGCCCCUCCUCUGAGGGGUCUUACCUGUCAAGGACUUCCGACCAUGCUUUGGGGGCAGGGAGGAAACUGAGGCAGCAUUUGCUACCAGAGACAGGCUUUGUCUCCUGUGGCUCACAUUCCAAAGGUCACUGACUCAUCCUUAGCCACAGGGGGCAGAGUUACAAUUCCUGAAACCAGGCAGAGUGGUCCACAACACCUUCUCACUGUGUCCUCACAAGGUGGAAGGGAGCCAGGGAUCUUUCUGGAGCCUCUUUUAUAAGGGUAGUAAUCCUGUUCAUGAGAGGCCUACACACCUCCCGAAGACCCACCUCCUAAUACCAUCACAUGGGGCGUCUGAAUUUCAACAUCUGAAUCUCGAGGGGACACAGACAUUCAAACCAUAGCAUCGUCAGCAGUCAUGAGCCUGACCCAGGCUCUGGAGGGCUAGUAAUAAACGCCCACUUCCUGUGCGGAGGCUCUGGCCUUUGGGUCCUUCUUCAGCAAGCAUCUGCGCUUCUGGGCACGACAGCUACAGCAAGAUACUACAGAAGAAGCCAGAUUCAACUAUUCACCCUUUGCUUCCCCUCUAAGUCACUAGCUAGCCAGAAACACAGAAGGCACUCAAUAACUACUUGUUAAAUAUACCAACAAAGGAUUUGGGGAGCCACAUACCAUGUUGAUAAGACGGCCAGUUUCACCUGUUCCUCCCUGUGAGACCUCAGGCAAGUGACCUUCCCUCUCUGGGCCUCGGUUCUCAACUGCUUGCUACCUUGGAGGACUAAUUAAAUAGCUUUGAGUUUGUGUGUUUCAAUGCUUAGCUGAGAGAUAUGCAAACAAUUGCCUAAUAAACAUUUGCUAUUGUUAGCCUGGGGUUUGCCAAAGCAUUUCUGCCUCAUAGGUGCAUUUGGCACCUAUGUGCCAUCCACAUUGUGGAAAACAGUUAAAUAAUUGGCUUUCCCAUAGGACUUCUCAAAACCUUAUGCACUGAAGCUGUCCUGAACAGUUUCACACGAUUCCAAUAGCAUUUGCAUUUUAUAACAGUUUUCAAAGUUAUUCAUUUUAAUUCUUAUUUUUUUGAGGUCUCCCUCCUAUCCAUCAGCCACCACUGUCAUCCCUGGAGGCAACUAAUGACAUCUGAUUUCCUGUUUUUGCUUCCAAAGAUAUUUUUUUAUCUAGAUACAAGGAAAUCUGUACACAUAUGCUCUCCUGUCUUUUGCAAGAAUAGUCACAUGUGCAACUAUGCACAGCUCGAGUCUGUACCGUUGUUCUUCCUUUCCCUCCAUAAUGGGUCUUUGGGAUGGCCCCGUAUACCCAGGCACACGGUAGUUCCUGGUUCUGUUUGCAGUGGCGUUGCAGCCCCUGCUGGGGUUCGUGUAGUUAUUUCUAAUCCUUUGCUUGUCCAUGACAGCUCUGCGGGGAGGAACCACAUGUGUGCCUGGCUUCGCCCAUAUUCAGGGGUGUCUGGGGACAGCCAGAGGGACAGCUGCUUGCAGGAUAUAGCCUGCUCAUUGGAAAAGACAUUGCCACCAGAAUACAUUUUGCUAUUUGAUAGGGUAUAUCUCUCUUUUUUUAAAAAACUUAUCUUGGCCUAUUUUUGUGCCGCUACUUUUUAAAAAAUUCUUACCUGAGGAAAUAUUUAUUGAUUUUGGAGAGAGAGAGAAACAGCAGUGUGAGAGAGAAACAUUGAUCAGUUAUCGCCCACAUGCACCCCAACAGGAGACUGAACCCGAAGCCUAGGCAUGUGCCCUGAUGGGGAUCGAACCCGCAAGUUUCUGGUGUACGGGAGGAUGCUCUGAUCAACUGAGCCACCCGGCCAGGGCAUUGUGCAGUCACUUUUUCUUUCUUUUUUUUUUUUUUUUAAGAUUUUAUUUAUUCAUUUUUAGAGGGGAAGGGAAGGAGAGAGGGAGAGAAAUAUCAAGGUGUGGUUGCCUCUCGUGCAUCCCCUGCUGGGAACUGGCCUGCAACCCAGGCAUGUGCCCUGACUGGGAAUCGAACCGUAUUGUUUGGUCUGCAGGCCUGCGCUCGAUCCACUGAGCUAAACCAGCCAGGGCUCACUUUUUCAUUUUUUAAAAUAUUUUUAAAAAUUUAUUUUCAGAGACGGGAAGGGAGGGAGAAAGAGAGGAAGAGAAACAUCAGUUGGUUGCCUCCCACACGUCCCCAAGUGGGGACCUGGUCUACAAUCCAGGCAUGUGCCCUGACAGGGAAUCGAAUUUAUGACCU